UCUCUCUCACUCUUGAAAAAAGGAAGAAUGGGCGAAGAAGAGCUUGUGGAGAAAUUGCUGAAGAAGAAUGAGUACAUCGAGGGUUGCCCUGGAUGCAAGGUUGAUCAGUAUAAACAAAUCCAAAGAGGGUUACCAAUUAAACAAGUUCUUAUUGUUUGGAUUAUUGUGCUCUCCACUGGUAAUUUUAUACGGUGGCGUUUUGUUAUUUGUGAAACUGUUCGUGAGGAGCACCAGUCCUUAGGAUUGUCUGCGGUUAGCACCGCGUGGGGUACAGGAUUAAUCAUCGGACCAGCUUUGGGUGGCUUUCUGGCUCAGCCUGCAGAGAAAUAUCCCGGAAUAUUCACGCAAGAUUCUAUUUUUGCAAGAUUUCCGUACCUUCUACCCUGUCUGAUAAUCUCACUCUUUGCUGCUGUUGUAACUGUCGCUUGCUUCUGGAUCCCGGAAACACUGCACACACAUAAGUCGGAGAAAAUAGCGUCUCGAGAUUCGUAUGAUGGUUUGGAGUGUGGAGGGAAAGAAGAGACGGAGGGGCAAAAAAGUAAUUCUAAAGAAAACCUUUUAAAGAACUGGCCACUAAUGUCAUCCAUCUUCGUAUACUGUAUUUUCUCACUUCAUGACAUGGCUUAUACGGAGAUAUUUUCGUUGUGGGCUGAGAGUCCAAGAAGGCUCGGAGGCUUAAGUUAUACUACUCAAGAUGUCGGAACAGUUCUCGCAAUCUCGGGUUUUGGGCUUUUAGUUUUUCAGUCUUCGAUAUAUCCAGUUGUGGAGAAAAUCACGGGCCCUAUCAUGCUCUCUCGAAUUUUAGGGAUCAUUUCGAUUCCUCUAUUAACAAGUUAUCACUACAUCGCCAUGCUAUCCGGUGUCACACUCUCCAUAGUCUUGAAUUGUGCGUCUCUCAUCAAGAAUGUUUUCUCCGUAAGUUUAUAUCGAGCACAGGACCAAGACCAAAGAGGAGGUGCUAACGGUAUAGCCAUGACCUUAGUGUCACUUUUCAAAGCUGUUGGUCCAGCUGGCGGAGGAAUGCUAUUUUCGUGGGGGCAGAAACGCCAGCAUGCUAAUUUUCUUCCAGGCGAUCAAAUGGUUUUCUUGAUCCUAAAUGUAAUCGAGGCAAUCGCGGUUGUGCUCACUUUCAAGCCGUUUUUAGUCGAACGAAGAAAUAAUUGAUCGAUAAGUAAGCAAUAGAUAUAUAAUAAUUUCAUGCAAUAGAUAUAUAAUAAUUUCAUGCAAUAAUUGCAUGGUCGAUUAAUUGAGGAGCAGCAUUCUUUUUAAGUCGCCGAGUUGUUGUGCGUAUAGCAUAGGGAUUAUACAGACUGGUUAAUCUGCGAUUCUGAAGUUAUAUAAUAUUUGUGUAUCAUAUCAUUGAAAUUGUAAUAUGGAAUAAACUUUUGUAUCAUAUCAUUUAUAUUGUAUGUCCGAAUUUGAUCCUUACUUUAUUAAAAAAUAUUAUAUUGACAUUA